UGUUGUAGGUAGUUCAUGCAUGGGGAUGUAAUGUGUUGGCACUUGACAAAAACCUUCGGGAAAGGCUCAAACAAUUGUUCAAAAAAGGAAGCCAGAGUAAUCCCAGCAGUGGUGGACUGGUGGUCCAUUAUUCCAACCACCGCACACCCAACACCACCAACUAAAAACGCACUCAUCGCGCAUAAUAGCCACACCUGCCACGUAAUCCAACAAAGAAAACCAAAUAUCCACCCCACAAAAACAUUACCAGUUCCACCACCACCGCCCCAACCACCACUCCACCACCACCAUAUAAUUCCAUCCCCAUCUUCUCACAACAACCAAACCAAAACCCUAAACAAAAAAAAAUCAUGUCUCAACAACCUUCGGAGGAGAAAAUACCUUCAUCGUCAGAAACCACCAAACCACCACCGUCAUCAUCAUCGACAGCAAUCCCAACACCACCUAAAAAAAUCCCCCCAAUUCCAUGGACACAUCUAGAAACAGUAAACCUAAUCGAAGUCUACCGCAACAAAUGGUAUUCAUUAAAACGAGGUCAAUUGAAGGCAUCUCAAUGGGAAGAAGUAGCUAAUACGAUCGCAUCAAAUUGUGGUUUCGAUGAACCAUCGAAAUCAUCAACACAGUGCAGGCAUAAAAUGGAGAAACUCCGCAAACGUUACCGAUCUGAGAAACAAAGACCGGUGGCUUCUAAUUGGAUUUAUUUUGAUUUAAUGGAUCAGAUGGAACGUGGGAUUUUCCCAUUAACUGUGAAACCGAUUUCUUCAAUCCCACCACCAGCUCCGGGUCAAAAUCAGUCAACGGAUGAUGAUGAAGAAGAUGAGGUUGAUGAUGAUAACGAAGAUAAUGAUGGAUUUAAUAAUGUAAUACGGUCCAGAAGUAUUAAUCAUAUUUUGAGAAGGCCGCCGAUUGUUUCUAGAGUUGUUGAUAAGAGGAGGAGCAAUUCAUAUUCGUUGCCGCCACAGCAGCAGCAACAGCCGCAGGUGACGCAGAAUUGGAAGAGCUCGAGGAGGCCGUCGGAACGGAAGAGGAAGUCGUUUGAGAUGGAAGAGGAAGAGGUUGAGGAAGAAGAGGAGGUGGAGGAGGAAAAUGGUAUUGGUGGUGGUGGUGAUGGGGGAUUGGGUGGGAGAGGUGGAGAGUUGUUAAUGGAAUUGGCAUCGGUGAUACGGAAAUUUGGCGAAGGGUUUGUGAAAACUGAGAAUAUGAAGAUGGAAAUGAUGAGGGAAUUGGAGAGGAAUCGUUUGGAAAUGGAAGCAAAGAGGACUGAAAUGAUUAUCAAUUCGCAGAAUCGUAUUAUUGAUACGAUUAAUAAAGCGUUUGCGUCGCGGAAGAAGGCUAAGGAGGAGGCUUGAUGAAUUGCACUGAAUGAAGUUCAGGUUUCUAUUUGAAUGUGAAAACGAGCUGAUUUGUGAUGUUACGAAGAUAUCUGGAUUCUAUGUAAUUGUUUUCUGAAUGCCCCAGCCCAAAGCUUUCAAAACGGCUUGAUCAUUAUGCUGCACAUUAAUACCCAGAAAAAAGAGGUGAUGGAAAUCUAUUUCUGGAUCAUUAAGGGCUGUGCAGUUGAAACUUUGUAGUGUGCCAGCUUCAACAAGAUAUACUCCUUCAAGAUCAAUUAGGCACGUAGGAAAAUACCUAGAGGGAAGAUAAUUUCUGUUUCAGUUCCAUUCAGAAAUUCAAAUGCUUUCCUGUACGCGCAUCUUUUGAUAGAUGUUUUUUGUUAUGUCUUGUUACCCAAUAGCCAUGCUAACUUUUGUAAUGCUCUUCCAUCCUGAAGUUCUUACUACGCUGGCCCCUCCAUGUCUUCUCUGCUACUAUUGUCAUGUGAAUCUUUAUACGUCGUCUUCA